UCGUGGACCGCUCUUUUUCUUUCGUCUCCGAACAAAACUUUAAAAUCAAAACCAAACUUCCACGCCAAGAUUUUCUCUUCCUUUUUCCCACAAUAUGCUCAAAAUUUUCCCGGAAAAUCUCGGACUUUGAAUCUUCCACUCUCUCUCUCUCUCCCCUUCAAUGGCCUCUCUUACUUCUUCCCUGUCUUUCUCGGCGUUAAGUCAGUGCUCCGACAAAAAAGCCGUAGUCCCGUCGUCUCGGAGCUUAGCUUCAAAUUCCGAUUGGUUCCGAAUCCGCGCGGGAUUUUCGUGCCAUUAUGUCGGUUUUCGAGCUUCGAAUUCCAGUUCUCGCAUGGUCGUCCAUUGCAUGUCUUCUACAGCAGAAGCGCCACCAACUGUAGCUGAUACGAAGUUAAAUUUUCUGAAGGCCUAUAAACGACCAAUCCCAAGUGUCUACAACACUGUGUUGCAAGAGCUGCUUGUCCAGCAUCAUUUGAUGAAAUACAAGAGAACAUUUCGUUACGACCCUGUCUUUGCUCUUGGUUUUGUGACUGUAUAUGAUCAACUUAUGGACGGCUACCCUAGUGAUGAAGACCGAGCUGCCAUCUUCCAAUCAUAUAUCAAAGCGCUAAACGAGGAGCCAGAGCAAUAUAGAAUUGAUUCACAAAAGUUGGAAGAGUGGGCACGGGCUCAGAAUGCCAGUUCAUUAAUUGAGUUUUCAUCUAAAGAAGGAGAAGUUGAGGGGACAUUGAAGGACAUUUCAGAAAGAGCAAGCCAUGGAAAUUUCAGCUACAGUCGUUUCUUUGCUGUCGGACUCUUUCGUAUUCUUGAGUUGGCAAAUGCAACAGAGCCAACAAUAUUGGAAAAGCUAUGUUCAGCCCUAAACAUUAAUAAAAGAAGUGUGGAUCGGGACCUUGAUGUAUAUCGUAAUCUGCUUUCCAAAUUGGUUCAGGCAAAGGAGCUGCUGAAGGAGUACGUGGAGAGGGAAAAGAAAAAGAGGGAAGAAAGGACAGAAUCGAAGGCCAAUGAAGCCAUAACAAAAUGUUUGGGAGAUUACGAGUAUGCAGGCCAGUAGUUCAGUCUGUGCGGCUCCUCCAAAGUUGAUCAUUCUAGUAAAAUGCAAAUGCUCAUAAUUUUUCGAUGAUUUUGAGUUAGAGAUCAGAGUUUUCACAUAUUAAGAACCCGUUGUCAGCUUGUAUCUUUUCAGUUCUGAUACAUUGUGAAAACAAGGAACGAGCUAAUUCAAUAUACUUCUUAUCAUGUUCACUUGUUUC